UAAUAAAGUGACGUUAUAUAUACAUAUAUUGUAAGAAGCGAGGGUUCUUUGACUCCGGCUUUCUUCGCGUCAAAUGCCACGGCCACGGAUAUCAAACGAGCCAAUAUUCACAAGAUUCGAGCUCGAGGCGAAUUUCGAGCCGAAAGAUGCCGCGGCCUCUUACAACUUGUUGAUGAGCAGCAUCGAUGCCCGCGCUUGUUACAAGCCCUACGAAAAGUAAUGCAGGCAAGUUGUACUGAGUAUAAAUAGUUUGCAGAUAAUUUUGCGUAGUGAUUCGUUGAAAAAAAAAAAACAAACAUUGUUUUGCAUGAGCUCUGUUGUAAAGAAUCCCAUCGCACGACGCGACGUUACUCAUGUUACGACGUCGACGACGACGACGACUUGUGUCUGUUUGUCUCUCUAUUUUGUAUCACAUGAAACUUGAGCUCUGAGUUUUCCACGGUUAAUCAUGACUAAUGAUCGCCAGUCAUGGUUCCGGGGCGUGCGGAGCAGCAAAUUCCGACACGUUUACGGAGUUCCGGCCAAGCGGGAGAAAUGCUACGACAACAUAAAAAUCACCAAAAACGCCCACGACUCGCAAUUUUGUGCCGCCAAUCCCAAGUUUCUGGCCAUCGUCACCGAAGUCGCGGGCGGUGGCGCCUUUUUGGUGUUGCCGAUCGACAACACCGGCCGGUUGGAUUUCAACGCUAAUAGAGUGACCGGGCACAAGGGCCCUGUCCUGGACAUCAAGUGGAACCCGUUCAACGACAAUGUCAUUGCUUCCUCCUCCGACGACUGCACGGUCAAGCUCUGGCACAUACCCGACGGCGGUCUGUCGCGCAACCUGACGGAGUGGCUCGUAGAACUGCAGGGCCACAAGCGACGCGUCGGCUACCUCGAGUGGCACCCGACGGCCGAAAAUAUUUUGCUGAGCGCGGGCUUCGAUCAUCUGGUCAUCGUCUGGGACGUCGGCCGGGCCGAGGCGGUCAGCGUCAUAGACCAGCAUCCGGAUGUCAUUUACAGUAUGUCCCUCAACCGGGACGGUAGCCUUCUCGCGACAACUUGCAAGGACAAGAAGCUCCGUGUUUUCGAGCCGCGUUCCGGCAUUAUCGUUUCGGAGGGUAUCUGUCACGCCGGCACCAAGGCCAGUAAGGUCACCUUUUUGGGUGGCUCGGGCCGCCUAUUGACCACCGGUUUCAGCAGACACUCGGAUCGCCAAUACGCGGUUUGGAGCCAGCACGACUUGUCCUCGCCCCUAGCUUGUGAAACCAUCGAUUCGAGCAGUGGCAUUGUUUUUCCGUUUUACGACAACGACACCAACAUGGUGUACUUGGCAGGAAAGGGAGAUGGAAAUUUACGCUACUACGAGGUAGUAAAUGAGGCACCGUGGGUACAUUAUUUGAGCCAAUUUAUAUCGGGAAAUCCACAACGAGGCCUCGGUAUCAUGCCAAAACGUGGCGUUAGCACAGCCGCUUGUGAGAUUUUUCGCUUCUACAAGCUUCACGCCACUAGGGGCAUGUGCGAACCAAUCUCUAUGAUUGUACCACGUAAAAGUGAUCAGUUUCAAGAGGAUUUAUAUCCAGACACGAUUGGUACAACGCCAGCGCUUUCAGCUAAAGAUUGGAUCAGCGGAAUAAACAGCCCACCAGUUUUGAUAUCCCUAAAAACUGGUGGUAGCAUAACAACACACAAGCCACGAGUAUACAGAUCGUCAAAUCAAGCUGGAGCAACAGAUGUGAACACGAAAAAAAAGUUUGCCUUUCUGUCAACAGAGACAGUGCCUGACUAUCGACCCAUCGAUUACAGCGAAAUGAAUGAUAAAAGACAAAAGACGUGUAGCAAUCAAAGCACCAAAUUUCAUCAGUUGCAACAAAAGUUUAACAAUGUCCCUUUUCAGACUCCGAGAUAUAGCAACAAAUUCUAUGAGCUCAUUAGCAAGUUUGAGAAUUAUUCUCAUUACUACAAGAAUAACAUAGGAUCCACAAAUAUGAACGACAAUAAAGCACUGGAGACAACGGAUGUGCCGAAUAAUGAGGCUGAACUUAGACUAGCUUAUUUGCGCCAAAGUGAUGAAUUAAGGCUAGUUAAACGUCAAUUAGCAAACAGCCAACUGCGAAUCAAAGAGCUGGAAGAGCAAAUUCGAAAGUAUCAACAAAAAGGCUUGUAAUUUAUUUACGGUAAGGUAUGUAUGAAUACGA